UUCUGGUGGCGCAUCUACGGAACACGCGAGGCGUGGUUCUCUGGAACCAUUAUGACUACACGGGAUCCAGGAGAGAGCUCCAAGAAGCGCUCCGAGUGCGCACGAAGCAUAUGGAGAAGGACAAUAUCGAGCUCAUUGGAACAAAAGCGAACUUGGCAUCCUUGGUGGCCGCAGAAGGACGCUAUGCGGAAGCACGAGAACUAUAUCGUGAAGCGGAGCAGGACCACGAUCAAUCUAGCGAAGAUCCUGCGUCGAAACGAUUGGCAUCAUGCCGAUACGCAGCCACGCAAGGUAGAUUGCACACAGAAUUGAAGAACUUUACUGCUGCUGGGCAGGAGCUUCACCGCAGCCUCAACAUACUCAAUUCUGGCGAAGACAAUGCUCUGUAUCGGAGAGCAAUAGAGUACUGUUUCGCGAAUUUGAGAUUGGCUGAAAACGAUCUCGCAGAGGCAAGAAUCCACUACGAAAAAUGCCUGAACGAGUAUGACAAGGCUGUUACCGACAAAGACCAGGUGCGGUCGUGUGGUUGUUAUUACAAACUGGGCCACAUCGCCCUUCUGACUCAGGACGGAGUCGAAGCUGCUGAUCAAUUAGAGAAAGCCGCCAACAUAGCAUCUGAAAUUAGGUCGAUGGGCUGGCAAGGUCGAAUUGCAACGUUGCAAGCGACUCUUGUCCAACAACACCCCGAACUAGCCGCACGCCCAGAUAUCAACUCUGUACAGCUGCAACGUCGUGCGGAUGCUUUGCGCGCCGCUCUUGCAUCACUUUCUGCAGAAGAAGAAGGCCUAGGGAAAGAGUUCCACAUAUACACUCCCUGGCAGACUAGGUAAGGCUGCGCAAAGUAGGAGCUAGAUUUAUUGCACGAUCCCACAGUAUGAAUACAAAAA